GAUUCUGCGUUGGACCAAUAUUCAUCGGGAAUUAUAUGAAAUGUUCACCAGAAGGUAAUAUUCAGGCAGUUCUGUUCUCUCGGUAGCAAAGCGCGUGUGUUUGUUUACGCAGGGCCGUUAUCGGCGAGGUUAUCGGAGUCCGCAGAUGCGACUAAAUUAGGUGAAAAGUGUAAAUCGACUUAAUCAAAAUGAAAUAUCGGAUCUUAAUCGCGUCACUCUUCUUUUUCCCCUCGAGCGACUCUUUCUCGACUCAAAACCCGAAUGUGACUUUAAUUCCAAGCACUCCGGCCACAAGCUCGACUCAAAGCGUCACGGAAAGCAAGGCGGAUCCGGUUGGCAACAGUCCGGUCACUUCUCCGGUGCCAACGACGACAUCAGCAAAUUUCAACCUAAAUACCACGACGGAAAUCACCGAAACACGGCCGCAGUAUCCGCCUUUGCACCGAGUUCUCACACCUAUCGAGGAAAAAAUCCAGGCACUUGCCUGCGAUGUGCCCGUUUUACCCACGGAAUAUCGCAUCUGGAAGGGAAACGAGACGCACGAGCUUUUAUUGCCGAUAACGGUCCCGACGGACUGUUCUCAAACGUCGGUGGGAUCUAAGAAGUUGGGUCAAGGGAAUUCGACUGAACCUAGUAUACUGAAUACUACUGAAACAUCGAAUUGCCCUCAUUCUACGGCGCUGAGCUGGGACGGCUCAAUCGAGAUACAAAGCGGAGAUGUUCUUUUAGUCCGAAUUGAUGAUUCCCAUCUCAUUCAGCAUAACGCAAUUAUGAACCAGAGCAACGACACUGACCACACUCUAAACAGGUUAAUGCACGAACCAACGACCGCCGUUUAUCAAGUGACCAGAACGGGGCACGACCAUUGCGAUGUCACCGAAGGAAUUUUACUAGACAUCACUCCUUUAAAAGUGGAUAACCAGAAAGUCGUUACGUUGUACGACAAGGAUUUAACGUUGGGUAUCAAUCUUCUUAUUGUUGUCUCGGAAUUGUGGGGGAAUCAGUGUAUUCGAUUGAAAGUCACUGUGAAAUCUGACAACUGUGGGGAGAGCGAAGACUGCUCCGGGAAAGGCAUCUGUUAUUCCAACGAUUCGAUGGACGGAUAUGAGUGCCAAUGCUGUCUUGGUUUUGUCGGCCAACAUUGCGAAGAGCAGGACGCUUGUUAUCCGUCUCGGUGCAAAAAUAAUGGAAUCUGUGUGGAUAUUUCCCAAGGACAUGAAGGAUCGACUUUUCAAUGCCUGUGUCCUUAUGGUUAUACCGGAAAAACGUGCGAAGAUCAAACGAAUGCCUGCCUAUCGAUGCCUUGCCAGAACGGCGCUACGUGCAUCGGGAAUGUCACCCAGUUUAAAUGCGAGUGUCUUACGGGAUUUUCAGGACCGCUGUGCCAACACAGCCACAACGACUGCGAAUCCUCACCUUGCGUCCACGGGAUAUGUGUCAAUCAAGAGGAAGGGUAUAAAUGCUUUUGCCAGCCAGGAUUUACUGGAACUCACUGCGAGUACGAGUAUAAUGAAUGUCAAUCGUCUCCGUGCACAAAUGGGGGCACUUGUACCGAUCACGUGGGACAUUAUACGUGUACUUGUGGCCGGGGCUUUACCGGGCGGAGGUGUCACAUUAAGGUGGACCUUUGCCAGCCCAAUCCUUGCCCUGAGCCACGCUACUGCGUGGACCACGGCAAUAACUACUCCUGCGAGUGUCCUAAAGGCUAUUCGGGCCCCGAUUGUUUAAUUCCAUCUCGGGCGGUAAGCUCAAAUCAGAUUGAACUUAUCAGACUUAUUUCAACGCACUUGAAGGCUUGCAGCACCAAUCCCUGCACGAACGGGGGAACUUGCUGGAGCAACAUGGACUCAUUUUAUUGUGCUUGUAAACCCGGCUACACUGGCAAAACUUGCGAAGAUGAGUUUGUUGUUGAAACAAUAACGAACGUUGAUACUAUCAACAAAGAGAAUGAACUCGAUCUGCAAAUGCCGAUCUCUAUUCAUCUUGAUCAUCUGCAUAAUGUUUAUAUCGCUGCUGGAACGCUAGCCUGCGCCUUUGUUAUUGUGGCACUCAUCGUGACAGUUUGCCACUGCCGGGUGAACAAAACGUAUAAGCGUUUUAUUUCGCGGGCGUAUCCGCUGUGGGGUUGCAGGAAGAGGGUGUCCCAGCCGUCGGCCUCGACCAAUAGCGAAUGGUUUAGCGGGAAGGACAAGGCGGCCACGGCAACUCCUAGUCGCAGUUUACCGUCGUUGGAUGCGACUGAUAUGUACUACACUUUGGAUUUCAGCGAGAGUCAAUGCUCGCCAUUGAUCCAGUAAUUGGCUUGUAAUUGUAGAUUUUGUAAGCCGUUUUACAAAAGUUUAUUUCCAACUCGAUAUCACAUUCAGUGUUAUUUGUGUUACUUGUAGCUUUUUUGUGUGGAAUCAUCGCUGCAUUUACUCGUUACCCUGAUGCACCAACAAAAUUUAUUGCCGUUUCUACACGUUUAUUGCGUAUUUAUAUGUACAUACAAAAUAAUACUCAAAUGAAGAACGAAUUUGCUGAAGGAGGUACUCAUUGUUGAUUGAAUCGACUUAGAUUUGGAGUUUUAUUUAGGCAAAAAGUUGUUUCGUUAUAGUUUUAAAGUAUAAACAUUGCUCAAAGUGCUUUGCGAAAUUUUGAUAGUAGUCGUUGAGCAAUUAUAUAUACAAAAAGACAGUAAUUGUUAGAUUUUUUGACAUGUGCUCAACCUAGUCUUAAUAAGUACUUGCAUUUUGUAGCAGAUAUUACGAAAUGUUUCAUAGUCUCGAUUGCUUUAAUUUGGUGAUAAUUUGCUGAUGCUGAACCGAAGUGUUGUAAAGUAUGAACCUAACCGAACCUAACCUAACCAUGUGCCAAAUAUAGAAUGUAUGUAGUUUAAGUAUCACUUGUAUCUCGACUUUAUCAUAUAAAUGGGGCUUUAAAAAUUGUUACUGUAAAUAAAACUUAUUAUGUAGAUGUUUCUACUUUCCACAGUGCAAUGCCAUUCCAUCCAUAUAAUCGAUCACUUGUUCAUCACCAAUCUGUUUUUAAAGCAUAUGAUAUUGGAAAUUUCCUGUUUCUAAUAAAGUAUGUCUAAAA